AUGGAGGCACAUACCUUUGCCACACUCCAUAUCCUAAACUCUAAACACAUAUCCCCCAUCCCCAUCGAAAUAGGGACCAACAGGAGCAAACUGAAAAUGACAAUUGACCGUUUCUCAAAUAUCGCCUACCUUUCGAACGACAUUUGGGUUGCAUUAACCAUUAAAGUUACGUCAAACUCCAUUUGCGACCUGUGCAGUCUCAAAAUGACCUGUAAGGCUGCACGCGAUGCGGGAAACGCCGAUAUUGUUCACCACAUUGUUUAUAUCCCACCACCGUAUGCCAGGCCAUGGUGGUGGAGCAUCAACACGGAGGCAAGGAGAUUCUUUGAUUGCUGCAUGGCCAAAGGCCAUCCAGAGCUUCUGUUUCAGGAGGCGCUUCGGGAACUCUUCAUGAGACGUAAUGAAGACGUUGGCCUCCGCAUGCUGAAAAUUGCAACCAGUAGGGGCCAUGAAGCAGCCAAAUACGCACUCUCCAUGACGUUGCUGCUUCGCAUGGACGACGACGAGGCAAAACGAAAAAGGCUCCAACUGUAUCGUCAGCUUGCUGUGGCUGGUUUACUCACCGAUUGUAACACAAGGUGCUUUUCAAUUCUAUCAUUGUCGUGGCCGGGUGAGGUUCAGAUGCCCCAUAUAGAAGAACAACAAACGGUGUGUGCCACGCCUAGGUGUUCCACCAGGGGCUACAUGGGUCUUCUCUAUGACUAUCACAGACGGGCAGCAGACCGAAACUCCAUCCAUGCUUUUGGAAGGGCUGCUCAUAUCCCUGCAUCCACUAUCGCGCAGACUACAAGUUGCUAG